GCUCUGGUGUUGAGCACUGAGGCAGCCGCUUCCCAUGGGCCCGGCGAGGACGUGGCGGUGUUAGAAGCGGAGCCCAGCGUCUUGGCGGCUUAGAAGUGGCAGAGGGAGUGGGUGCUUGGGGCCUGCGCUCCAUGGUUUCGCGUUCCGGGGAUGAAGACCAUUCUUAGCAACCAGACGGUUGACAUCCCCGAAAAAGUCAGCGUAGCCCUGAAGGGCCGGACAGUCAUUGUAAAGGGCCCCAGAGGAACCCUGCGAAGGGAUUUUAACCACAUCAACGUGGAGCUGUCCCUCCUGGGAAAGAAACGCAAGAAGCUGCGUGUUGACAAGUGGUGGGGUAACAGAAAGGAGCUGGCAACAGUUCGCACCAUUUGCAGCCAUGUGCAGAACAUGAUCAAGGGGGUGACACUGGGAUUCCGUUACAAGAUGAGGUCAGUGUACGCUCACUUCCCAAUCAACGUGGUUAUCCAGGAUAACGGCUCACUCGUGGAGAUCCGGAACUUCCUAGGGGAGAAGUACAUUCGCCGAGUGCGCAUGAGGCCAGGUGUUACCUGUGCCGUAUCUCAAGCCCAGAAGGAUGAGCUGAUCCUUGAGGGGAAUGACAUCGAAUUGGUCUCCAAUUCAGCUGCCUUGAUCCAGCAAGCCACUACAGUCAAGAACAAGGAUAUCAGGAAAUUCUUGGAUGGUAUCUAUGUUUCUGAGAAAGGAACAGUGCAGCAGGCAGAUGAGUAAAGCUCUAAUAGUUGUCUGGAUCCUGAAGGACACCAACAUGAGGCAGUGUAUCAGCAAGUACUAGCUUGAAGAAUCCAAGACAAAAUCCCCAGACCAUAAGAGGUUUAAUAAAUGAAACAUAUUUUA